AUGUCAUUCAACACAACCGAAGACGAAGAACAGAAGCGGUUGAUGCAAAAGAUUGCUAGGGUUUUAGACGAGACUCGAGUAUCGUUCGCCACACACAAUCGCAAACUCAAGGACCUCUCUGCCCUCCGAGCAUCGUCACCUCUCAAAUUCUUCGCCUCAUUUUUCAAAACCCUCACUCCUCUCUUCAACUUCCAGCGUCGCAACGCCUCCGCCGAACGGAUUGUCCGAUUCGUUGCAAUUUUCACUUGUGCUCGAGAUUCGAACAAUGCGUCGGUUUGUGAUGCUUUUUUGGAGGAAUUUCUUCGGUUUCUGCUUGUGGCGGCCAUGGCGGCCAAUAAAACCGCGAGGUUCCGGGCAUGUCAAAUCAUUUCCGAGAUUAUAGUAAGAUUACCGGACGAGACAGAAGUAAGCAAUGAACUCUGGGAUGAGGUUAUAGAAUGCAUGACGUUGCGGGUAGGGGAUAAGAUCCCUGUAAUUCGUACUUUUGCAGUCAGGGCUCUUUCACGCUUUGCAAAUGAUUUAGAAAAUAGUGACAUUCUUGAGCUGUUCCUGCAGACACUUUCUCUAGAACAGAAUGCGGAUGUUCGUAAAACAAUAGUUUUGUCUUUGCCUCCUUCAAAUGCAACUUCGGCGGCAAUUAUUGAUUGUACACUUGAUGUGAGUGAAUCAGUGCGGAAAACAGCUUAUUUUGUUCUAGCCAGUAAAUUUCCCCUUCAGAGCCUCAGCAUUAAGCUCAGGGCAAUUAUUCUCCAGAGGGGAUUGGCCGACCGUUCUGCAGCUGUGACAAAUGAGUGUCUCAGGUUAAUGAAAGAUAAGUGGCUUGUGAAGUGUUGCAAUGGAGAUCCCAUAGAACUUCUCAAGUUUCUUGAUGUUGAAACCUAUGAAUUGGUUGGGGAGUCUGUAAUGGGGGCUCUUCUAAAAGCCGGGCAAGUGGAAUUGCAAGAUGGUCAAAGUAUUCGACAAUACUUAGUCUUAACUAGUGACAAAAAAGAAGGUUGGUACAGCUAA